GUAGAAAUGUACGGUGGCCCUGAGAGCUCAACGCACAGCAACUUAAUUCUUGCACCCCUUGGAAACAUUUGGAUAAGCUAGCUAUCAGCAUGAAUAAAAUUCGACAUCCAAAAUGCUCAGUGGUGGACUGCAAAAAUCAGCACCAAUGUCUUCAUGUGACUCCAGCUAUAGAAGACACAAGAGCGAGAUGGAUUAACUUCAUAUAUGAUGGUAACGUUCCUUCAAGCAUCGGCAAAUAUCUGUUAGUGUGCGCUAACCACUUCGAAUCGGACUGUUUUCUCAACCUGGGCAUAUAUAACGCUGGACACUCGAAAAGGUUGACUUUGAGAACGGGGUCGGUGCCAACUAUCCGUCGCAAUAAUGAAAACGAGGGAAAUGCAAGCACACCUGUUCACGGUGCUAGGUUACAUCACGUGGCCUGCCAGACGGACCCACCAAUGCUGUGCACAGUUGGCACCCAGCUUUCACUGAAAACUCUACAACCUCACUUCAAAAGUAUAGGUACACAGAAAUCGGUGUCCUUCACUAAUGUCGGUGUUGGAACCGCAGCUCCGGCCUUCAAAGCAUCAGGGCCAUUCCUAAAAUCGAGGCCAAUAGGGAGGCCAAGUAAGAGACCUCGCCUGGAGGAGGAAGAGGACAGCCCUUUUGAGGGAAGUUCAAGUAUGGACUUAAUGGAGCGACAGGAUCCUGAUGACUCGGUCACAGUUCUGACUGAGUCAGCAGAUGUGAUAAUGGAAUCUUCCAACCCCGCUCAGAAGACACCCACAUCUGUUCUCUAUGAAAAGUGCCUCCUGGAGCUGUUUCAGGUGUGCCCUGUGUGUCGGCGGGGGACAGAUGUGCAAACCAGAAGGUUUGGGACAUUCCUCUCGAUAGAACAGCAGUGUCCACCCUGUGAGUUCUACAGAAAAUGGAAUAUUCAGCCUCGUCUUGGUAGAACUCCUGUUGGGAACAUCCAACGCUCAGCGGCAGUCAAGGCCACUGGGGCCUCUUUCUCCAAACUUGAGAAGACAAUGCGGACAGAGGACAUCCCCAGCAGGGCAGAUGCCUUUGCGAUUGUCACUUUGAGCGAUGAAGAGAGGGCUGAAGAGAUCACCGACGAGAGCGCUCCCUCCGAUGAAGGGGAGAGCAGUGAUGAAAGUGGGGUGAAUGCAGACAGUGACUGGAAUCCAUUGGAUGGGGUUUUGCAGGAUGAGGCGCUCCUUCAGGACUCUGAGGAGGAAGACGAAGGCGAAGAGGAGACCGAUUCCCCGGGUGGUCUCAGAAUGAACGAGCUCUGCAAUGAGUGUGGAUGUUUUUUCAACUCUCUGAAGCAUCACACGUGCGAACACAAAUUGAAGCCCUUUCCCUGCAAUAUUUGCGGCAAAAGAUGUGUUUCUGAAGCUUCUCUAAAAAUCCACUGCAGAGUCCACAGUGAAACCUAUGAAAUCCCCUGCAAAUACUGCCACGUGACAUUCAAAAGAAAGGUGGACAAAGUUACACAUGAGCAGAUUCACGAAGACAGAAACGAUCCCUACAAAUGUCCCGACUGUCCGAAGCAAUUUCCCACCAGUAAAGAGCGCAGGAUCCACCUGUCCACCUGUCACAGGACGUCAAGGGACCUCAAAUGUGGCGUUUGUGGGAUUGAAUUCAGGGAUGUAAAUCAUCUUCAGAGACAUUCUGUUGUGCACACGGGAUUGAAACCGUACAAAUGUUCGGUGUGCGAUCGUGGCUUCAACCAGGAGAGCAACCUCAAAUCUCACAUGCGUCUGCACACAGGGGAGAAGCCAUACAAGUGUCGGCACUGUGACGAAUCCUUCAAUCAGAACGUGAGCUUGAAGAGUCAUGUCCAGCGUCACCACUCGUCUGGGCGCGGACAUAAGACAGGUAAGGUCAAUGAAAAGGCGAGAAGCGCUAGUAAUGCAGAGGACCAUGAAAGUAAGAGCGGUGCCGGCUCUGAGUCUGACAACGCAGAUAAACAAGACACAGGAGAGACGGUGCAGCAGAGGUCGACAGAUUUGCCAAAACGUCGUCGGAGGAGGUGCACGGGGAGAUCCAGAGGAAGACCCAAGUCAAACCCAGAUGGUAACUCAGUUCUGUCAGGGCAAAAUGAAGACCAGUGCGUGAACGCUAAGACUUCAAAAUCAAAGUUGAAGAAGUUAAAGAAAAGUGGUGAAAUCGACGAGGAAAUUGAGUUGGAACAAUCAGACAGCGACAUGUCCUUCAACUCAGAAGAAGAAGAGUUGCAGGAGCAGAAAGCACGGAGGAGCACAAAGACAUCAAGAAGACGGCCGACAGAGGACGAUGACAGCGAUUUUCACCCAUAAGAAGAAAAUGAAAAGAAAAAGUGUAAGAGUAGCGGUAAGAACAGGGAGAGACGAUGAAAGAAGGUCGUGGUCUGAAAACUCUGUAAAUACACAGAAUCAACAGAUUCUUUUGAGUUAUGAAUUGAAAGGAGCAAUAUUGACAAGAGGUUCUUAAAGAACUAGUAGGUUAGGGUUAUAUGGAAACAAAAAUAAUUUUAGUGGCACUAAAAGUAGGAAAGGUAGAAGAAAGCAGUCCAGAGUCAACAUGAGGCCCAUCUAAGUAGCUACAGUAUGAAGCUCAUCAUGGCAGCUUUGACCAAUGACACGAACCCCCUGUGCUCUGGGUGAAUGUCAUUGUAAUGUGAUAUAAUUACAAACUCCCUUUUGGGAAAUCUGAAUCAGAUCGUAACCAAACUAAAGGAGUGAUGGCUGUUUUUGUUAAAGCGUACUGUUAGUUCAUGUACAGCAUUAUGAUGCUGAUACUGAGUUUCAAACCAAGUCGUUAUUAAGUGCACACGCUGUAAUAAAUUUGUUUGCUAUACUUUUGUAUCACUGAAGCUGUAUAACUAAAUGUUAUGACUUUUCCACCUGUUCAGAGUUCAGAUAGAAAAACGGGACAGGUUUUAGUUCACAAAUCAAUAUUACCCAUUUUUUAUAGCUAGCCUUUUUGAUUGGUAGACACAAAAGGAAGGUUUGGCAGCAAAUUGUACACCAUUAAAAAUAUUUUUUACUAUA